AUGAACGCAGCCAAGUCAGAGGUUUUCUUCAGCGGAUAUACUGAUGUGGAGACGGAGGCUUUGAGUACAAUAAUGGAUAUCAAAAUUGGAAGCUUUCCAACAAGAUACCUGGGGCUCCCUCUAAACUCUCAGAGGCUCUCUCUUGCGGUUCUGGAGCCUUUCCUGGAAAAGAUAACAAAGAAGCUUCACUCUUUCACGGCCAGAUUUCUUUCUUUUGCAGGGAAGAUAAGGCUUGUCUCCUCGGUUAUCUAUGGAAUGGUUAAUUUCUGGAGCCAGGUGUACAUACUGCCGAAAGAGUUUUAUGCUAAAGUGGACUCGUUAUGCUCUGCUUUUCUGUGGAGAAAUAGCACUCAGUCUGCAGCUGGAGCAAGAGUAGCGUGGAAAGAUGUUUGCAAGCCGAAAUCUGAAGGUGGUUUAGGGAUCAGAUUACUCAGCGAUUUCGAGGUGGUUUUCAGAUUAAAACAGGUGUGGAAUCUGUUUACAAAGGAGGAUUCUCUGUGGAUUGCUUGGGUAAGAAAUCACAUCUUUGCGAGGAAGAGUUAUUGGGUGACAAAUGAUGCGGUUCGUUUCUCCAAAGCCAUUCGAAGCAUGCUGCAGCUCAAACCGCUGCUCUCUACUUUUCUAAAGUGUCAACUGAAGAAUGGGAAGUUGGCUUCUUUCUGGACAGAGUUGGGUCCUCUCAUCGAUUUUAUUGGUGAGGCAGGUCCGCGUCUGUUUAGACUAAGCCGAGAUGCGAAAGUGUCUGACGCGGUGAGUAAUGGUAAUUGGAAUCUCCCGAGUGCAAGAUCAGAGAGAAGUGAGGAGCUUCAGAUUCUUCUCACAACUAUUACUCCACCGGAUGCGGAUGGAGGGAAAGACAUCUUCAUGUGGCGUUUACCCUCAGGCAUUUACACCAACGUGUCUUCUCUUCUCUCCCAAGGGAACAUGGGAGCAACUCAGGAUCUCUUCACCUCAGGUGAGUUGGUCAAAGAUAGUCUGGUUUCGAGAGGCAAUCCCUAG